AUGGUUUCUCGGAGACUUGGGUAGAUAUGACCAUCUCCGCUUUGAACACUCCAGGUGUAUCACGCACUCCCAGCCUGAGCGACAUGACGAGAGAUUGGAAGCAGGAUGAAAAGCUCAGCUUUGCGGAUAUUGUGGGUGCCUCUGCUGGGCUAACCAGGAGUCGAAUUGAUUAGACAUUGAAUCAGAUCAUCAUGCCGAUUCAGCGCGCCCUCCGGUACAAGCUGCUCUUCGCCGAUCUCAUGUCUAGCACUCCGACAGGUUCAUCAAUGCAUACUCUCGUCUCGUCCGCUCUUUCUACCGCCAAUCGAAUCGCUGACGAAUGCAAUGCUCGACAGACGGUCGACGUCUCUGUGUUCCGACGUCAGCCGACUGGCAGCUCCACUCGAUUCACCACGUCCACUGUUCACGAAUCUCGUGAGCAGGAGAAGAAACUUCCGGCUAGACAGAAGCGAAAGUCCUUGGGCAAAGAAAAAGUCUCAUUUGUAUUCAGGUCGAGCCACGCAAAGUCUCUUUCCAACUGCGGUACAACUGGAGAUACAAUAGAUGGGAAAGAAGAACAGGUCCCAGGUGCUCGACCCAAGACCAAGCGGAGAAUAUCCGACGGUCCGCUGGGUCUCGUAGACGCAGACAGCCCGGCGAGACUUAGAGGAGCGAGAAGCUCAUGGGCAUUGUUCUGAGCCUGUCGGCGUCACAAGUGAACCUGUAAAGACUCGUUUAGAGCAACUAGACCUAAACUCUUAAUUCACUCGAUAAUA